CGUGGGACUGUAACAAUUGUAGCGUACACCAGUUACCAUGCGCGCUUUGGCAUGCGUCGCUGCAUUCUCAAGUGGAAGGUUGUAUCCUCAAGCUUUCUAGUCUGUGCCCAACAGAGACUCACACCUAUAAUGCGCUGCAUGCAAUAACGCAACGUUUCGGUUCACUCGCGGCGUUCUACCAAGCAAUUCAGGGCUUCCCAGCCCCUUCCCCUUUUGAGUAGCCUCCUUAGACACAUCGAAGCUGCCAUGAAUGCUACUCUGGCUUGAGGAGUGGUCAUUGUAGGACACGGCAGCGGUUAUCCGUGGCGAUGGCCACCGUGACACCUGCCCUGCCCCGCGGCGAUGUGUUCGCGGACGCCUCUGCGGCCUCCUUGGGGUUGGAUGGGCCCAAUGCCUCGGAGGACCCAUGGGGCGUGUCUGUGCCGCAGUCAGGACUCGGCCUGCUGAACGGGCUGGAUGCCCGCGCCUUUGCGGCGCUGCACUUCUGGAAGCCCGUACAGCGCCUGUCCGAGGCACAGUUCGCAGAUGAGCUGGCGGGCAAGCUGGCGGACCUGGCGGCCGAGCCGCGGCACGGCCCGCCUCCCCUCAACUACGACGUGUACGGCUACGGACUGUACGGCAGCAUGCACCGCAAGCACGUGGAGUACGGCAUGGAGCGGGCGGCGGCGCACGAACAGGAGGCGCCGUACGCCGGCCCGCUGCCGUACAGCCACAGCUGCCCGGUGGCGGCGGCGGAGGUGGCGAUGGAGAUGGAGCCGAGCGGUCUGGAUGCAGCGCUGAUGAUGCGGCGGCAGUGGGGCGGCGGCGGCGGCGGCGGCGAGGAUGAAGAGGAAGGCGGCGGCGGGCACAUGGGCACGUGGGCGGAUGGGUUGGAGUGGUACGUGCGCGCCACCUACGCCGCCGUCACCAUCCAGCGCGCCUUCCGCGCCUGGUUGGAGCAGCGGCGCCUCGCCGUCCUGGCCGGAGCCGUGGCAGUGGCGGCCGACGGCGCCGAACAGGACGUGGCGGUGCGCCGAGCCCGCAUGGCAGCAGCCGCCGCCGCGCGCGCCGCCGCCGCCGCGGCGGCGGCUGAGGCGGCGGCCGCCGCCGCCGCCGCCCGGUACGACCGGCAGCAGGGCCGCUUUGCUGGGCUGCGGCUGUUGCCGGGCGGCGGCGCCGCAGCUGGGCCGGUGGGCUUCAUGUCGUCGGCGCUGCAGCCGCAGCCUAGCAGUAGCAGUGUCGGCCAACAGCAGCAGCAGCGGCCGCACACGUCACACGGCGCCGGCAGCAGCAGCAGCAGCCGGGCCGGCUACAGCCAGCAGCAGCAGCAGCAGCCGUCGCCGCGGCGCCAGAGGCGCCCCUCCACGCCGCCGCCGGAGGCGCCGCCGCCGCGGCAGCCGCGGGCGGCGCCGGGGCCGCAGUGGCGGCUGCAGGGUGCGUACCACGCCUUGGCGCCUGCUGAGCGGCUGAGCUGGGCGGGGUCUGGGCUGGGGCCUGGGCCAGGCUCCACAGUAGGGGCUGCCGGGGCUGCCGGGGCGGCUGCGGCGGCUAGGGCGGGUCACAGGGCGCCGCCGGAAGGCAUCCCGGCGGGGCGAUGGAGCACGGGCGGCGAGGCGGCGCGGGGGCGCAGCCGCCUGCAGGCGGCGGCGGAGCUGGAGGCGGCAGUGGCGGCGGCGGCGGCAGCGACGGCGGCGGCGGAAGCGCGUGGUGGUUAUGCGUAUGGUGGUGCUCGUGCUGAUGCUGGACCUGGAGCUGGCGGUGGUGCUGGUGCGGCGGCGGCGUACGCUGCAUAUGCUGCCUACGGGCCUCACCACACCGGAGGCCAGUGGAGCACGGGCGGCGGCGUGGGCGCGCGCGCGUGGCUGCGGCCGGAGCUGGCUGGCGUGGCGGCGGUGGUGAUGGAGGAGCCCGAGCCCGAGGACAGCAGCAGCAGCGGCAGCGGCAGCGGCAGCGGCAGCGGCAGCGGCAGCGGCAGCGGCAGCGGCGGGGAAGGAGAGGGGGAGGGGGAGGGCGCGGUGGGCUGGCGGCAGCGGCGGUCGGAUCCGGGCCUGCCGGCGGCGGCGGGGGCGCAGCCGCGGGAGCUGCUUGGUCAGGCCCCGUACGAGACGGCAACGCCCCAGUCGCCGCAGCAGCCCCCCAGCACAGGUCCCGGCGGACGCGGCGGCGGUGGCGGCGGCGGCGGUGGCGCCCGGCGCUCGCGCCGCACGACCUGGACCUCUGGUGGCGGCGGCGGCGGCGGCGGCGGCGGCGGCCCGGUGCUGCUGCCGCGGCGGGCCACCCUCACGCCGCACGUGCGCGACCUCGCGUCCGAGGUGCUGGAUGGCGUUGGCGCAUCCGGUGCUGCUCCUGCGGGUGCUUCUCCUGCCGGCGCUUCUCCUUCCGGUGCUUCUGCCGGCGCCGCCGGCAGCUGGGGCGCUAUGGCGAGUGGCGCCUCGACCUCGUCCUUGGGCGGCGGCGGCUUCGGUGGCACACGUGCAGGCGGCGGCGGCGGCGGCGGCAACAGCAGCACCGCAGGGCUGCUGAUGCUGGCGACGGCUGGCAGCAGCAGUGGCGUCGGCGGCGGCGCCGGCAUGCUGCGGCCCUGGCUGUCCACGCCGGGUGGCGUCGGCGUCGGUGGCGGUGGUGGCGGCGGCGGCGGUGCGGCUGAGGCGGCGUGGCUCGCGCCGCCGGGUCCAACUGCACCCGUAUUGCCGCCGUCAGCCGGUCGUGGCAGCAGCCGCAGCAGCAGGAGCCUGGCGCCGACGUCGCCGUACGCGGCAUCCGCGGCGGCCGUGGGGCUUGGGCUGACGGCGGGCGGCAGGCGUGGCCGCUCCGUCAGUGGCUGGGUGGCGGAGACAGCGGCGGCGGCGAGGGCCGGCGGCGGCGGCGGCGGCGGCAGCGGCGGCAGUGCCAGCGUCAGCGCGAGCGGGGCGUCGAGUGAGCGGGCGAGCCCCGCUGACGGCGGCAGGCGGGCAGCGGCGGCGGCGGCGGCGGCGGCGGCGGCGGCGGCGGCGGCGGCGGCAGGGGGUCCGUUGUUGGAAUGGGGCCAGCAGCAGGGUCAGGCGGCUGGCUCGGGGGCGCGGGCGGGGGUGGUGGUGCCAGCGCUGCUGGUGGCAGCAGAGGCUGGCCGCGGCGGCGGCGGCGGCAGGUCGCGGGCUGCUGGCGGCGCCUCCUCUCGCCGGCUGCCGCGGCUGUCCGCACCGAGUGGUGGCGGCGGUGGCGGCGGCGGCGGCGGUGGCGGUGGCGGUGGCUGCAGCCGCCCGGUAACACCAGCCACUCCAGUGACCACCCCGUCUGCAGCCACUGCCGCCGCACUUGCGGCGGCGGCAGCUCGCAGCAGCGCUGUGUCCGCAUCCGGAGCUUCCCUGGCGGCGGCGGCGGCGCCGCCGCCGCAGCCCGCCGCACACGCACAUGGCAGCAGGUCAAGUGGUAGCGGUCAGCAGCAGCUGCCGCAGUCGCCGUACACGGCGGCGUUGCAGCAGCGGCGCUUCAGCAUCAGCGGCGGCGGCGCGGCGCCAGCAGCGGGGGCAGCGGCAGCAGCGGGCGGUGUCGGGGGCGGCGGUCCCGGGCCCUCCUACCCCAUGCUACUGCCGUCAGCCGACCUGCUACUGCCAACGCCACUCCGCUUUGGCGGCACCUUCACCACCACUGGUGCGGCGCUUGGCAGCAGCGCCGUCGCCGCGACACCGCAUCAGCAGCUGCAGCAGCAGCUGCUGCAGCCGUGGCCGCAGCCGAGGCCGCAAACGGCCGACGCGUCUGCUCCAUACACCCCGCUUCCGUCGCCUAACCUGCAUGUGUCCGCCGCUGCGUUUACGGCGGCGGCGGCGGCGGCACCAUCGCAGGAUGCCGCCAACACCGCCGCCGGCGGGGCUUUCAUGUACACGGUUUCUGCCGCAGCUGCCGCAGCAGCUGCUACUGCUGCCACUGCUGCUACUGCUGCCACUGCUGCUACUGCUGCUACUGCUGCCGUGGAGGAGUCCAUGGAACCACCAGCAGCAGGCGCCACAGCCAGCGGCGGCGCACGCAGCCUUGCGGCACUGGCGGGCUCUGCGGCGGUGUCGAGUCUGCGGCUGUGGCAUGAGGAGGCCCCGCCUGGCCAUGGCGGCGGCGGCGGCGGUGGCGGCGGCGGCGGCAGCGGCGGCAGUUUGCUGCGGCCCACGCCUUCCUCACCCGCCGCCACAGCCGCAGCUGCAGGCUCUGCAGGACAGGGCCCAGUGUCCGCCCCACCGCCGGCUGCGUCCCCGCCGCCGCCGCCUCGGGUUCGUAGCAUACGCCUUGCGCCGCUCGCUGGCGUUCCAGCAGCACCACCAACAGGGCUGGAGCCGCCGCCGUAAGCUUUACCUGCCGCUGCUGCUGCUGCCGACACCGUGGCAGUGGCAGCAGCCGUCAAUGCUGCUGCUGGCGGCAGCAGCUGCUGGGCGGCGGUCUAGCAGUAUCAUCAGGCGCCGUUGCCGCCGUCGGCCUGGCGAAGGCGCCGGCGACGGCACUGGCGCUGCAGCAGCAGUGUGCUGCGGAAGGCACGUCGCACGUCGUCAUCGGCGGGCGCGACUUGAGGUAGUUUGGACUCAAUCAUCAGGUCGAACAAUAAGGGCCGAGCGAUGAAACAGCGGUGAGGCGCACAUGUUCGACGGUUCUGUUUGCGCGCGAGAGAGCGCGAGAGCGAGCAGAAGGGUAGCUAGGCAGGGGCGUAAAGUGCGUGGCUGAAGUGCCUGCACUGGCACUAGCUUAGUCUGUGCUGAUGAGUUGAAGUAAUGCAGCAGGCGGCCCCUCCCCGCCCGGGCAGUUGAACAAGCUGCAUCCAGCUGCUUGCAGAUACGGUGAACAUAUAUACAUGCACACAUGAGCACAUACGUACAUAUGUACACACACACGUGUCAUGUAUAUGCGGACUGCUUCACAGUGUCUGUGUGUGCACACGGCGUUUGAGGGCGAGGGAGCGUGAACACGUAUGUACGUAGUUGUCGCGGAUCUGGAAGCGACAGGAACUGGCUGCGAGCUGGAUGUGGUUGCGACGCGGGCACACGCCGCCGCGCAAUGCAUGCAUGGGAAACACGGGAUCACGCACGUGAGCUGAGGGGUCUACCGGUCGGUAGCAGUUGGCGUAUCCAGCUCCGGUAUCUCUGAAGGUGCAGGCCGCGGACGGCGGGGCAGUGUGGGCGCGUGGCAGUGGGUGCGACCAGGUGUACGGCACGGCACACAAUAGUUAUGCGUGGUACCAGCUGCAGGGAAGUGCAUUAGCGAUAGAGGCUGUGGUAGCUGCGUAUUGUAGCUCUAUGGCUGCCUGGCUGGCGUGUGUGCACCACAGCCUUACAUGACUGACUGCCCGCACCCACAGAAAACAUAUUCACAUGUGCAGGGUACGAAGCCAGAUAAAAGGGGCAGCAGACACAACCACACAAACCUGCCCCCAACGACACGCUGGUAACUUAAUUGUCUA